AUGAAGACAAUUUUAUUUGAAAUUACAGCUAACUGUCCUCUUCAAACAGUUAUUUUUGCUGAUAUUAAUCCCUAUAGUCAUGCAGAUGGUGAACAAGAAGUUCUGUUCAGUUUGAGAGCUGUUUUUAAAAUUGACAAUAUUAUUUUCGAUUCACCAUUGUAUAGUUGUAAAAUUCGAAUGACAGCAACAAAUGAAAUAUCAAAUGAUAUUCAAGAUUAUUUAAAAGCAAAACGUCAGCAAAUGAAUGAUUAUACUCCACCAAUUCUAUUUGGAUGUUUGUUAUUCUUAGAAUUAGGACAAUUAGAUAAAGGUGAAAAAUAUUUUCGUAUGUUAUUAAAAACUUUAUCACCUGCUCAUGAAGAUUUUGCAUCAACCUGUAAUAGUUUGGGAAUUACUUUGUAUGGUAAAUGUCGAGCUAAUUUAGCUUUAGAAUGUAUUGUACGAGCGUAUAUUCUACGUCGACGAAGUCUACAUCCACAACAUCCAGCAACUGCUACAUCUGUUAUGAACAUUGGUAUAGUUCUCCAUCAAAAAAAAACAUUAUGA